AGUUGAAUUUUGCUUAUAAUAAAAAAUGAAGGGAGUAAACUUUUAUAAAGGCUAACAAAUUAAUUAGAGUUUCGAAUAGGCUAGACUCCAGACAUAAAAAUAAGUCUAUGACAAACUACGUACCAGACUCACACUUAGACUGCAAUUAGUUUGAAAACAUCUAACUCGAUCCAACCUAUUUCCGGUUACUAUAAUUAUUAGCUAGCUUGCUAUUUUUACCCAACAAUACCUUAGACAAAUUUAAGAAAUUAUGGUUCAUUCAUCGAUUAUAAGUUAUCUAUAAUUGAACGUGAGUUUGAGUUUAGGUUGUGCUGUGUAGCUUGAGAAACCGAAAACAAUGGGCUCAAUUUCAACCUUGGCGUUUCCGCAUCUAGUUGGAGUCAAACUCCCCAUUCCUCGUUCUACUUCUCUUCGAACACAACCUUCUAUGUCACUCGCAGCUUCUUCCUCUUCUCAGGAUGUUGCUCCUACUCAAUUACUCACUUUUCUCGGUAAAGGUGGCUCCGGCAAAACCACCGCAGCUAUCUUCGCCGCUCAGCAUUAUGCAAUGGCUGGAUUCAAGACAUGUUUAGUGAUACAUGGCCAAGACAUCACUGCAGACUAUCUCCUCAACUGUAAAAUUGGAACUUCCCAUGUUCUUUGCACCAACAACCUUUCAGCUGUCAGGUUGGAAACAACCAAAAUGCUUCUUGAACCUCUAAAACUUCUCAAGCAAGCUGAUACCCAGCUUAAUAUGACACAAGGAUCACUUGGAGGGAUUGUUGGAGAAGAACUUGGCAUCAUGCCUGGAAUGGACUCGAUCUUUUUAGUACUUGCACUUGAGAGGCUUGUAGGGUUUUUGGGGGUGGCACCUUCAAAUACUCAACACGAUAAAUUUGACAUAGUAAUAUAUGAUGGUGUCAGCAGCGAGGAAACCUUGCGAAUCAUGGGUGGAUGCAGUAAAGCAAGAUUGUACUUGAAAUAUAUCCGCACAUUGGCUGAGAAAACUGACCUUGGGAGAUUGGCUGCUCCUUCACUCCUCAGACUUGUGGAUGAGGCCGUGAGAAUUAGUAGCAGCAGAUCUUAUUUAAAUGGGAGGACGAGUUCAGAAAUAUGGGACACUUUGGAUCAACUUCUCGAGAAAGGAUCUUCCGCCUUCUCAAACCCUCAGAGAUUUGGUUGCUUCCUUGUGAUGGAUCCUAACAAUUCAACCUCGGUUAAUUCUGCAUUACGUUAUUGGGGUUGUACAAUUCAGGCUGGUGUUCAAGUUUCAGGUGCUUUUGGACUCUCCUCACAACAACCAAAACUAGAAGAAUCAUACGAAAGAGCAAAGAAAGAUCUUUCUCCUUUGCCUUCUGCUUUUAUCUCGACUCCGUUAAUGAUUAGCCCGAUAGACUGGAACAGAGUUUUACUGGACACUACGAAUCAAGAUGCUAGGCAUCUUCUUACUUCACUAUCAAGCCAAUCCAGUGAUAUGACAUCAUCGGUUAAGUUUGAUGUCAAAAGAAAAUCAGUUACUCUCUUCAUGCCUGGUUUUGACAAAUCAGAGAUUAAGCUAUACCAAUAUAGGGGAGGAUCUGAGCUUUUGGUAGAAGCCGGAGAUCAAAGACGUGUCAUUGCCUUACCCCCAAAAAUUCAAGGAAAGGUUGGCGGAGCCAAAUUCCUGGACAGAAGUCUUGUUAUUACAUUGCUAUAACAGUACAAAAAAAAUGCUUUUUCCUUUUUCAUCUUUUAUGCCCGAGUCCUGAAAGAUUCCUGCUGAGGAUUAUUAAUGUUACAGCAGAGGCAAAUUUUCUGACUCCACAUUUCUGCUUGAAUUGAACAAUCAGUAAAUUAUGCAAGGGAAAUGUGUUACUUUUCA